AUGUACAACAAUAAUAGUACGGUGACAAUAGACUUGGAAGAUAAUUCGAAUCUGUAUAGCAUAAUUUUGCUCAGAAGUGAAGAACAUGAAGAUUGUCUUCCUGGGGGACUCUGGGAACCAUAUGCUAUCAGUGACAACUUCAGGGGGCGUCAUGGAGGAGACAACAAUUGUUACUUAGAUUAUUAUAAGCCUAAAAAGCAUGUCAUUGGUGGAAUUUUAUCAUUGCAUGCUAGUUCUAAUUCACAUGAGAACUUCACGAGCAUACCCAUGUGUUUCAAGAAAAAUGUGUUUCAGCCCCUGCUGAAGCGCUUCCAACAUGUGUUUGCUAUCCUUUUUGCUAUUGAUGAGAUCAACAAGAAUCCAAAACUCUUACCCAAUGUUACCUUGGGGUUCCACAUCUAUGACAAUUUAAACCUUGAAAUGAUGAGCUAUGAUAUCAUCCUGAGCCUUUUGUCUUCACAAAAAGAAAGUUUCCCUAAUUUCAAGUGUGGGAAGAAACCCCAGAUUUCAGCAAUUGUUGGAGGGCUAAGAUCUGACACUUCCAUGCAGAUAGCCACCGUCUUAGGCCUUUAUAAGAUUCCCCAGCUCAGUUAUAGUUCAGUUCACCCAGCACUAAAGGAUAAACCUCAGUUCCCUUUUUUCUACCAAAUGGUUCCAAAUGAAGUCUCUCAGGAGGAAGGAAUAGUGCAGCUGAUAAGGUAUUUUGGAUGGACAUGGGUUGGACUCAUUGUAUCCGAUGAUGACAAUGGAGCUCAGUUUGUGCUACGCUUGAAAUCAGUGUUCAGUAGGAAUUACAUCUGCAUUGCUUUCGCAGAAAAGGCACCACAUGUCGCCUUCAGUGGAAUGGAUGAAUAUGGAUAUAAGUUUCAUUAUAAAGAAGAGGGUUUGUUUGCCCUUAGUGUGACCACAGCCAAUGUGAUCAUUGCAUAUGGAGACACUUAUGCCAUGAAGGUUUUUCAGUUAACGUUAUAUCUACAUCAACCAUUCAAGAAGACACCCUUAGAGAAAGUUUGGAUCAUACCAGCUCAGUGGGACUUGACCUCAGCCUUUUUGCUUAAAGAGUGGGAUUUCAAAAUCUUCCAUGGUUCCUUGUCCAUGGCAAUCCACAGAAAGGAGGUACCAGGAUUCUGGAGUUUUCUCCAGAACUUCAAUCCUUACCAGCACCAAAAUGACUUUUUUAUCCAACAGUUCUGGUAUGCUAUGUUUCAGUGUUCAAUUUCAAAUUCAUUUGCGGCUGAAGUAAAUAUCAAUCUCUGUUCUGGGGAGGAAAUGCUGGAGCAUCUUCCAAAUACUAUUUUUGAAAUGAGUAUGUCUGGCGAGAGCUAUGCAAUCUACAAUGCCAUCUAUGCUUUGGCACAUUCUUUACAUGUCAUGUACUAUUCUAGAAGGAUGUUGAUGGGAGAAGCACUCAGAUUGGACCUUUGGAGAAUGGAACAAUGGGAGUUUCACCCUUUUUUGAGAAAAAUCCGUUUUAACAACAGUGCUGGAGAUGAAAUAUAUUUCAAUGAAUACUUGGAAUCAUCCAUUGGAUAUGAUAUUCUUAACAUGGUUACUUUCCCCAACAAUUCUUUCACCAAAGUAAAAGUUGGAACAGUAGUUUCUCAUGCUUCCUCAGAUCAAAAAGUUUACAUGAAGGAACGUGACAUUAUAUGGCCCAACAAAUUCAAGCUGGCAGUACCCCAUUCUUUAUGCAGUGAAAGAUGCCAUUUUGGAUAUCACAGAAAAGUUCGUGAAGCAGAACAAUCUUGCUGCUAUGAUUGUUUCAAAUGUGCAGACGGGACAAUUUCAAAUCAAGUAGAUGCAGAUAAGUGUGAAAAAUGUCCAGAAGAUGAACAUCCAAACAACAAUAAAAACAGAUGUAUUUCUAAAGUCAUAACUUGUCUAGUCUAUGAUGACAUUUUAGGAAUCAGUUUGGCUUCUGUGGCAGUCUCUUUUGCUCUGUUCACAGCCCUGGUUCUUGGAACAUUCAUCAAACACCAGAAUACCCCCAUUGUCAAAGCCAACAAUCGGGACCUUACCUACCUUCUGCUAAUCUCCCUUUUGCUCUGCUUCCUUUGCUCUUUGCUGUUCAUCGGACGACCCAGCAAAGUGACCUGCCUUCUUCGACAAGCUACCUUUGGAAACAUAUUCUCUCUCGCACUUUCCUGUGUCCUGGCUAAGACCAUCAUUGUGGUUGUGGCAUUUAUGGCCACAAGGCCUGGAAGCAAGAUGAGGAAAUGGGUGGGCAAAAGACUAUCAAACUAUUUUAUCCUUUUUGGCUCUCUUAUUCAAGUUGGCAUCUGUUCUGUCUGGCUAUUCACUUCUCCUCCAUUCCCAGACCUUGAUAUGAUCACACAGCCUGAGGAGAUUGUGUUGCAAUGUAAUGAAGGCGCAGGUGCCAUGUUUUACAUGGUCCUGGGCUACAUGGGCUUUCAGGCCAGCGUCAGCUUCACAGUGGCCUUCCUAGCCAGGAAACUGCCUGACAGUUUCAAUGAAGCCAAGUUUAUCACCUUCAGCAUGUUGGUCUUCUGCAGUGUCUGGAUAUCUUUCAUUCCAGCCUAUCUGAGUACCAAAGGCAAAUACAUGGUGGCUGUGGAGAUCUUCUCCAUCCUGGCCUCUGGUGCAGGGUUGCUGGGAUGCAUAUUUGUCCCUAAAAUGUACAUCAUUGUUUUGAAGCCAGAAAUGAACACUAGGGACCACUUAAUGAGAGAAGAGGAUGGGGACAAAGCCAAGAGUGUCUUGCAUAGUUUGAUGCAAGAAUACUGGUUUGUGGAACCUCUGAACCAUACCAUAGUGACAACGUUCAUUAUUCUGGGCUUCCCUAAUACUAGGAAGGUGGAAAUUGCCCUAUUUUUUCUCUUCCUUGCUAUGUACCUUCUUACAAUGACUGGCAACAUAAUCAUAAUCAUAACAGUUAAGACAGACAGCCACCUUCAAACCCCCAUGUACUUCUUUCUGGGAAACCUCUCUUUCUUGGACAUUGGCUAUACAUCUUCAACAGUCCCUAAGCUGCUGUCCAUCUUGUUGAUGGGGGUGCACACGAUUUCCUUCGCUGCCUGUUUGCUACAGUCCUACUUCUUCUUUUUUCUUGGGACAGCUGAGUGCUUCCUCCUUGCAGUGAUGGCCUAUGACCGAUAUGUGGCCAUAUGCUAUCCGCUCAGAUAUUCAACAAUCAUGAAUAAAAGAGUUUGUGUGUUUCUCGUCGUUGCUUGCUGGGCAGGAGGCUGUCUGGCCCCUAUGGUAGCUGCCAUAGUGGUGGUGAAUUUACCCUUUUGUGGACCCAAUGUGAUAAACCAUUUCUUUUGUGAUAUUCCACCAUUACUAAAACUGGCUUGCAUAGACACAUCUCUUACACAGAAGAUUGUAUUCUUCCUUUCUGCUAUGGUGAUUCUGAGCACGUUUCUGUCCACUGUUGUCUCCUAUAUAUACAUUAGUAUAACCAUAUUGAGAAUACCUUCCUCACAUGGGCGCCACAAGGCUUUCUCCACUUGUGCCUCCCAUCUUACUGUCGUCUCUCUAUAUUAUGGGACAGUGAUCUUCAUGUAUGUAAGCCCAACUACCCGUUCAUCUUUUGACCUGAACAAAAUCAUAGCUGUGGUGUACAGUGUAGUUACACCAAUGCUCAACCCUAUGAUCUACACGUUGAGGAAUAAGGAUAUGAAAGCAGCACUGAAGAAAAUAAUCCUCAAAAUGCAGAUUGCUAAAAAGAAGCUUGAUUUCCCCAGUGAAUUCAGUCGCUGA